AUGUCCGCCAUGUCCGCCAUCACCCCCGGACGUCACCUCUUCACCUCUGCGCGCACACAUCUCACCUUCGAAUACAUCGUGCAGAGCCAGUCACCCUCUACAGAGCGCCUCAUCGUCGUGCAAUGUCCCGCCUGGGGCCUCGGCUCACGAUACCUCCAGCACGGUCUCUCCCCCCUCUCCAUUCACCACAACAAGACGCUCCUCUUCUUCCACCCUCGAGGAACAGACAAUUCAUCUCGCCCAGCAAGCGCCUCCCAAAUGACCAGCAUGCCCGACCUCUCCACCGACCUGGACGACCUACGCCUCCACCUCCACCUCGACACUCUCCCCACCCUCCUUGGCCACUCCAACGGCGGCGCCAUCGCCCUCGGCUACGCAGAGACGCAUCCACAUCGCAUAAACAAACUAAUCCUCCUCAACCACCAACUGAUCGGCACCUCCGAACGCCGCCUCAUCACCGAGCGCGCAACCCUCGCCCACGACCCACGCUACCACGCCGCCAUUGCAUACUCCCCGCCCCCCAGCCCCCACCACCCAACAGACGCCUCCUUCACACGCGACAUCACCGCCCUCUGGCCCCUCUACUUCUACAACCCGCAGCGCCAUCUGGGCACCCUCCUCUCCGCCAUCGGAGACCGCGUCUUCCCGCUAUGGUGCUACACAGCCGUGUACGGGUGUGAUGCGGCGCUGCAACGCCCGCGGCAGAUGAUAGACGGGCUGGGCGCUGUGAGGGCAGUUACGCUGAUAAUUGCGGGCAGGGAUGAUCUUGCUUGUGGGUUGAGUAUUGCGCGGCAGACGGGGGAUGGGAUUCCGGGGGCUAGGGUGCUGGUUUAUGAGGAGUGUGGCCAUUUUCCGUGGAUUGAGCAGGGGGAGAGGUUUAUGGGGGAUGUUCUCGGGUUUUUACGUGGUGUUUAGUAUAAGUUGCUUGUAUGUGGGGUGAGUUGUUACUCUAUGGUCUGAAUUGGAUAUGGUUGGUUUGAUAUGUAGUUGGAUAUUUUGGUUGGAUGUGUUCCUGGAUGGGAAUGAAGUUAUUGGGUAUUGGGUGGAGAGUAGACUGAUAUUAAUUGAUAUGCUACAGUUGAGCUUUCUUGGAUAUCACGGUUUAUUCGCUGGAAUCUAUCACUUCGCAGGAUUUCAAAGAUGUUUAUUCCUAUAUAUCAGUGAAGGGAGGACGUUAUAACGUGGUAAUAUCUAAGCUAUUUGGGUUCAAGCCUACUGACAAUCCAUCAUCU